AUGAGUUCAAUUAUGCCUCUGAAGUCCUCCAAAAUACAAAAACUAUCCCUAGUGUUCAUCACAAUAUUGCUGCAUGUCAUCGUGAGUACACUACCUAAUGUCACUGCCAGUACGAUAACUAUUGGCAAAAAUGAGACAGAUCAUCUUACAUUGUUGGCCUUCAAGUCAAAGAUUAUUCAUGACCCUCAAGGUGUCGUGAGCUCAUGGAAUGAGUCCCUUCAUUUCUGCAUGUGGGAAGGUGUUGCAUGUGGUCGUCGCCAUCGUAGUAGAGUCAUCAGCAUUGAUCUAGGGUCCAGAGGCUUAGCGGGCUCAUUGUCACCUUAUGUCGGAAACUUGAGCUUCCUUCGGGUAUUACGCCUCAACAACAACACCCUUCAAGGUGAAAUCCCUGCUCAAGUUGGUCACUUGUUCAGGCUGCAGAUAUUGAAUCUCACCAGAAACAGCUUUGAAGGGGAAAUUCCAACCAACCUAUCCCACUGCUCCAAUCUCAAGUAUCUUGGUUUAGGUUACAAUGAGCUAAUUGGGAAACUUCCAGAAGAACUUGGUUCCUUGUCAAAGCUCACAUUUCUCAGCAUGCACUGGAACCACUUCACUGGGGGGUUCCCUCAAUUCAUUGGGAGAUUGACUUCUCUAGAACAUGUGUCUGCAGCUACAAAUUCUUUCACGGGCAGACUUCCUAAUGCCUUGGGUCAAUUGAAAAACCUAAAAAGACUGGCUUUUGGCAGCAAUGAACUCUCUGGUAUAAUCCCUCCUUCCAUUUACAAUCUUUCUUUUCUAACUCUACUCUCUUUGCCUAAUAACCAUCUUCAUGGCACUCUUCCGCCGAGCUUGGGUAUGAUGCUCCCUAAUCUUCAAGUCCUUGAAUUAUGGCAAAACAAUUUUACCGGACCCAUUCCACUCUCAAUAUCCAAUUGUACAGCACUAGAAAGAUUUGAAAUUGGAUUCAAUAAUUUCAGUGGGAAAUUAGGGGUUAAUUUUGGAGGCCUACAAAAUCUAAACGAGAUUUCUUUAGUUAGUAAUAAUUUAGGGAGUGGAGAGCCAGAUGAAAUGAACUUCAUCGACUCUUUGGCCAACUGUAGCAAUUUGCAGAUAUUAGAUCUGGUCGCUAACCAAUUCAGAACGCUAUUACCCAAUUCCAUUGGUAAUCUCUCAAAUCAACUUUUUUAUCUAACACUUGGACAAAAUUUCAUAUAUGGAGAACUCCCUUCAGCAAUAGGUAAUCUUGUCAACCUAAAUCUUUUAUCUCUAUAUGGUAAUCAAUUCACGGGCACAAUUCCAGCUACUAUAGGAAAACUUAAAAAGUUACAACGGGCAUUUAUUGACAGAAAUACAUUCCAUGGGGAAAUUCCGGAAUCUAUAGGAAAUUUGUCAUUGUUGACAGAGCUUUACUUGGGUGAAAAUAGAUUAGUGGGCAACAUACCCUUGAGUCUUGGAAAUUGCAAAAAACUGUUAUUGCUAGAUCUUUCCCAAAAUAAUCUUAGUGGCACCAUACCCAAACAAAUUUUGAAAAUUUCAGCUCUUUCUAUGUCACUAAAUUUAUCUCGAAACCGUUUGUUUGGAUCGCUCCCUUCAGAGGUUGACAGCCUAAAAAAUUUGGAGGACUUGGAUAUAUCUAAGAAUGAGUUGUCUGGUGAAAUUCCUAAUAGUCUUGAGAGUUGCACUAGCCUCGAAAACCUCUAUAUGGAGGGAAACUCCUUCAACGGAUCUAUUCCUCAAUCAUUGAGUUCCUUGAGAGGUAUUCUAAACUUGGAUCUCUCUCGGAACAAAUUGUCUGGACAGAUUCCAAGGUUCUUGGAGAAUUUUUCCAUGGAGAAUCUUAAUUUAUCCUUCAACAAUUUUGAGGGUGAGGUGCCUAUUGAUGGUGUUUUUGCAAAUGCUAGUGCAAUAUCAGUUGUAGGAAACAAUAGGCUCUGUGGAGGCAUACCCAAACUUCGACUACCAAAUUGCAACAUCAAAAAACCAAGAAAACAUAAAAGUUCUCUUGUGCUCGUAUUAGUAAUCUCGAUACCGUGCACGAUUUUGGGUUUUAUAAUGGUCCUAUCUUUCUGGUUUUGUUGGGUUAAAAAGAAAAGAAAUGCUCAACCUUCUGGAAUAGUGUUGAGGGAUUCAUUCUUGAAAGUGUCUUAUGAAAUGCUCCUCAAAGCAACUGACAGGUUCUCCUCAGAAAAUUUGAUUGGUGUGGGUAGUUAUGGCUCUGUUUACAAAGGAAUCCUUGAUCCAAGUGAAACCAUUGUUGCAAUUAAAGUACUAAACCUCCUCCGUCGGGGAGCUUCCAAAAGUUUCAUGGCCGAGUGUGAAGCCUUAAGAAACAUCAGACAUCGAAAUUUGGUAAAGAUCAUAACUUCUUGCUCAAGCAUUGAUUUUCAAGGAAAUGAUUUUAAGGCUCUAGUCUAUGAGUUUAUGCCCAAUGGAAGUCUAGAGAGUUGGUUGCAUCCAAGUCCAACAUCUAGUAACGGAGAGAGUGAUCAAAUUCAGAGCCUAAACCUUCUUCAAAGAAUUAAUGUUGCAGUUGAUGUGUUGUCAGCACUCGAGUAUCUUCACCAUCAUUGUCAAACGCCAAUAAUUCAUUGUGACCUAAAGCCAAGCAAUGUCCUACUUGAUAGUGACAUGGUCGCUCAUGUAGGAGAUUUUGGGGUAGCAAGGUUUCUUCAACAACUCACAACUCCAAAACAAAGCAGUUCAGUUGCAGUAAGGGGAACAGUUGGUUAUGCAGCUCCAGGUAAGCAUGCACAAUACAUUAUUGUUUCUUUUUAUUUUCUUUUUCUUCUUCUAGUUUUCCAAUUGCAUCAUUGAAUAUACCAUAACUUAGAAAUUAGAUUUGAUACCUAACUAUAGCUUAUUAGGAUUAAAAUUUGAUACAGGUCAGUCCUUGUGGUGGUGUGUGCGUGUGCGUGAGUGAGAGAGAGAGAGAGAAUUCCAUUGGAAUAUUAUA